ACAGAAGGAAGUACAGCCGACGACGAUGUACAAGAUGGUUAGCACUCUUCCGAUCUACAUGUACGAGACUGGACUCUACUGCAUCUUUGGACAGACAAUCAUCGAUCAGAGCGAGCGGCUGGCGACGUCGGCCUUCAGCAGCGGGUGGCCCGAAUGCGGGGUUCGUUUCCGGCGGGUGCUGCUCAUCUUCAUGCUGAGGGCAUCCCAGCCUCUCCAGCUCACCGUCGGCCAAAUGUACACUCUCUCCAGGCACACGUUUCUGCAGCUCCUGAAUGGAUCUUACACUUUAUUCAACAUGCUCUAUCAGAUUCAAGGGAAUAAAUGAUGCUGACUGAAUCUUGAGAACACAACUGACAGUAUGACAACUCUUCAAGAAUUGCGG